CACCACGACAUUCCGACUACAAACCCCGGCCACUGUGAUAUAUAUCUAGACAUGGAAGGUUCUUCCCUAACUGAUGACCCACAGGUCCGUCUGGCCCUCUACAUUGCCAUGGCUCAUGCAGGCGUUGCAUUCGCCAUUUUUGUUCUAUACGGUAUAAGCAAAUUACUAGAUGUUUAUCUUAGACCAUUACUUUGGGCCGUUAUUUGUUCCAUCCCUUUACGAGGAAUUCAUCAAACAUUCGUUUCUUUUUGGUCUGAACCUUUAAAAUCCGGGCUAACUAAUACAAUUCUCGCUGUACCCACAUCCAUGUUUCGUGCGUUUAUUGGUACAAUUGUUGAGAUUAAAGAUUUGUUAUGUAAAAUAAUGGGUCAUACUCCAAGAAAAUUUAAAGCCCCUAGACGAAAAAGAAGAGGCUUUUCGAUUUUGUUAAGAAGGUUGGUGUCUUUAUGGGUGUUUGUUAUGGCUUAUGAACAUUUUGGAGGACUUGGUGCAACUACAUUGUUGGUUUUAGGAUUUAUGUUUAUAUCUAGUAAUAUAGGUCGUGCUACGACAAUGUCUGUUGUUUCGUCAUUUAAAAACUAUAGUUUCAAAAGAACACCUCAUACUGCUUUUUUAACAAGAGGGAUUUUGAAAAGAUUGGAGACUAUUGUAGCUAUUGGGUUGAUUAUGGGAAUGAUUGUUGGUACUUUGCUUACUGUGAUAUUUUUUUCAUAUAAGAUUGGUGUUGAAGGUAGAGAUGCUGUAUAUUCAAUUAAAUCGCGCGUUGAAGAAAGUGAUUAUGCUGUUCAAUGGAUGGCUGAAAAUAAUAUUCGCGCAAUGUUAGCAAAAUAUACAACACAGUUUUAUGGAACUGUUUAUGAACAUAUUGAUAGUUUAGCAGUGCAAUAUAAUAUGACAGAAAUUGUUGAGGAAAUGAAACAUAUAAUGGCACAACGUUCGACAAACUCUUCUGUACCUUCGACUGCAUUGAAUACCCCAAAUCCGUAUGCAGAAAAGAUUCUGAAUUUAAGAAGACGUGUCAAGAAUCGUGAAUGGGCUGAAAUUUAUCCAGAGGUUAACGCGCUUUUUAAAGAAGUGUUGAUUAGUAGAGAGGAUAUAAUUGAAAAGGCAAAAGCAAUUGCUUUUCAAGGAAAAGAUGUGAUUCAACGCAUUUUAGCUAGUGGCCAGUCGAUAUUGGGUGGUAGCACUAGGCUUGUUUUGGUAGUUAUUGAGUCUAUUGUGACAGGAGCAGCAGGUUUAUUUAGUUUUCUUUCACAGGCAAUGGUUUUCAUAUGGGUUUUAUUCGCCCUUAUAACAUCGGAUUCAAGUGGAGUCACUGAACAAGUUAUGUGUAUGAUUCCAAUCUCAAAGUAUGCAAGAACAAGAUGUGUUGAAGUACUUGAUAAAGCGAUUUGUGGGAUACUUUUAGGGACAGUAGAGAUUGCUUUCUUUCAAGGGUGUCUUACUUUCCUUUUGCUAAGAUUAUUUAACAUCCAUUUCUUGUAUGUAUCAACUUUACUCGCAAUUGUGAACCCAUUCUUCCCGUUGCUUCCCUAUGUUUUCGCCACAACUCCUGCAGUUUUGCAGUUACUGAUGGAAGGUAGAUACUUAGCUUCUAUCUGCUUGCCGAUUAUUCAUGCGGUGCUUAUUGACUAUGGUGAUUCUGAAAUUCAAGAACAUAUACCGGGCCAUAAUGCAUAUCUCACCGGGCUUAGCAUCUUUGGAGGAGCUGCAAUAUUCCCUUGUGCCUUAGAGGGAGUGAUAAUGGGACCACUGAUAACAACGGUUGUUAUUGCUCUUAAGGAUUUGUAUGUAGAGUUUGUUUUAGAUGAACCAAAGGAAAUUAAAACAGAAUAA